AUUCUACCGACUAAAAAGAAAUCGUUUUGUUCCUUCUUUACAAUGCCUUCAAACCCUAAGGUUUUCUUCGACGUGACGAUCGGAGGCCAGCCCGCCGGUCGGAUCGUGAUGGAGCUUUUCUCCGAUGUCACUCCUCGCACCGCCGAGAACUUUCGAGCCCUCUGCACCGGCGAAAGAGGCGUCGGCCGUAGCCGCAAACCACUCCACUACAAAGGCUCAAAGCUCCACCGUGUGAUACCUAACUUCAUGUGCCAAGGAGGCGAUUUCACUGCCGGGAACGGCACCGGAGGUGAAUCCAUAUAUGGAGCCAAGUUCGCCGAUGAGAAUUUCAUCAAGAAACACACAGGACCCGGCGUCCUAUCUAUGGCGAACGCCGGACCGGGGACUAACGGAUCCCAGUUCUUCAUCUGCACCGCUAAGACAUCGUGGCUGGACGGGAAGCACGUGGUGUUCGGACAGGUAGUUGAAGGCAUGGACGUGGUUAGAGCCGUCGAGAAGGUCGGGACUAGAAAUGGAAAGACUUUGAAGCCGGUUGUUAUUGCUGACUGUGGACAGCUUUAUUAAGAACCGCCGCCGCCGCCUAAGAUAACAGCAAUAACAACAACAAAAGUGGGAAUGUCUGUGUUUCCUUUCAUGCAUGUCUGAAAAUUUCAUUUCUCUGUCCUGUUUUCAUGGCCACUGGGUUUAGGGUUUGCUGGUUCUUUAAGAACUCAGCUUUUCUAUAGACUACCAUAAAUAAAUGAUCGAAUUACUUUA